CUCGGCUGAGCCCCAGGCUGAAGCGCGCGGAGCUGUCCGUUCAGCACCAUCGCGGAACUCCCAGCUCUGGGCCCUCCGCAAGGCGCACGGGCUCGGUUCCCACCCCCCGCUCCGCGGGCGCCUGCGGCGUGGGCUCGAGUCUCUCUUGGCGGGUGAGGGGCGCACGGAUCGGAAGAGGGGGGCUCCACGAGCGUCGGGGCCACGCAGCCACCUGUGAGCCUCUCGCGACUGCGGGCGGCGGCGUGUGGGGCCCGAGACUGAAGGAGGCGCACGGCACGGAGGACCCCGCCUGCCCGGUGGCGGGGCAAACACACAGGCGCAUACAUCCACAUCCUCGCAACCGCGCGCACUCGCGCAGCCAGCCGGCGGCGGCCACCGCGGCGAUGCUCGCCAGCAGGUCGGGGAAGUUUCCCGCCGGCCUCGGCCGCGGGCGCCGGUGCACCCAGGUGUAGCGCCCCCGCGCGGCGCGGGCGCCUGGGCAUCUCCAGCAUGACCCGCCAGAGCCUGUGGGACGUGUCCGAGGCUGAAGUCGAGGAGGAUGGAGAGAUUCGCAUCAAUGUGGGCGGCUUUAAGAGAAGGCUGCGUUCCCACACGCUGCUGCGCUUCCCCGAGACGCGCCUGGGCCGCCUGCUCCUCUGCCACUCCCGAGAGGCGAUCCUGGAACUCUGUGAUGACUACGACGACGUCCAGCACGAGUUCUACUUCGACCGCAACCCCGAGCUCUUCCCCUACGUCUUGCAUUUCUACCACACGGGCAAGCUUCACGUCAUGGCUGAGCUGUGCGUCUUCUCCUUCAGCCAGGAGAUCGAGUACUGGGGUAUCAACGAGUUCUUCAUUGACUCCUGCUGCAGCUACAGUUAUCACGGCCGCAAAGUGGAACCUGAACAGGAGAAGUGGGACGAACAGAGUGACCAGGAGAGCACCACGUCCUCCUUUGACGAGAUCUUGGCCUUCUAUAACGAUGCUUCCAAAUUCGACGGGCAGCCCCUGGGAAACUUCCGCAGGCAGCUCUGGCUGGCACUGGACAACCCGGGCUACUCGGUCCUGAGCAGGGUCUUCAGCGUCCUUUCCAUCUUGGUGGUGUUGGGAUCUAUCAUCACCAUGUGCCUCAAUAGCCUGCCCGAUUUCCAAAUCCCCGACAGCCAGGGCAACCCCGGUGAAGACCCCAGGUUCGAAAUCGUGGAGCAUUUUGGCAUCGCCUGGUUCACGUUUGAGUUGGUGGCCAGGUUUGCGGUGGCCCCUGACUUCCUCAAGUUCUUCAAGAAUGCCCUCAACCUUAUCGAUCUGAUGUCUAUUGUCCCCUUUUACAUAACUCUAGUGGUGAACCUGGUGGUGGAGAGCUCUCCCACCUUGGCAAACUUGGGCAGGGUGGCUCAGGUCCUCAGGCUGAUGAGAAUCUUCCGAAUUCUCAAGCUGGCCAGGCACUCCACCGGCCUCCGCUCCUUGGGAGCCACCCUGAAAUACAGCUACAAGGAAGUGGGGUUGCUCUUGCUCUACCUCUCGGUGGGGAUUUCCAUCUUCUCAGUGGUGGCCUACACCAUUGAAAAAGAGGAGAAUGAGAGCCUGGCUACCAUCCCCGCAUGCUGGUGGUGGGCUACCGUCAGUAUGACCACGGUUGGGUAUGGAGACGUGGUCCCAGGGACCACAGCGGGGAAACUGACAGCCUCUGCCUGCAUCUUGGCAGGCAUCCUGGUGGUGGUCUUGCCCAUCACUUUGAUCUUCAAUAAGUUCUCCCACUUUUAUCGGCGCCAAAAGCAACUUGAGAGUGCCAUGCGCAGCUGUGACUUUGGAGACGGGAUGAAGGAGGUCCCUUCGGUCAAUUUAAGGGACUACUACGCCCAUAAAGUUAAAUCCCUCAUGGCAAGCCUGACUAACAUGAGCAGGAGCUCGCCUAGCGAACUGAGUUUAGACGAUUCUCUACGUUAGCUGGGAGGGGUUGCCGUCCCCUGACAUACAUUGGUGAUCUGCCCCUUGUGCCGAUGGCACAAUCCAGGCAGUGGAGGGGUUAUGGCAUAAGAAGUCAUCCCUACCCUAGAGGGAGAGCUGCAUGGGAUAUGAGCCCUAGGUUGUUGAUGCGAUGUUUAGAGCCAUUUUUAAAAAAAGAGGAAUGGUGUGUCUGACGCCGUGCCUUUGCAGCUUCCAAGGAAAUGGCACUCGCUGGUCUUUGCAUCACGGGCGUAAAAUGUUCAUCUUUCUGUCAGAUAAGUGUCUAGAAUGCUAACUUCUCUGUCCACUGUGUAUGCUAUCCUAGUGUUUAUGCCCCAGUACUAUCCGUGAGUAGUGCUGUCUGUCCUCCUGUUUCUGAGGUGGUUGUGUGAACUCUAUACAAAAAGCCCCGAUAAGUCUGCUCCCUGGAAACACAGCCGUCUGUGAGGUCAGCGAGGAUAUAAUGAGAUUCGGGUCACAACCUUGUGAAAAACGGAAUCUCAGUUUAAUUUUUAAUACCAAAACAGGAAGAUUGCAAAGCUAAGCACACCUGACCAAUGCAAGUCUUAUUUCUCCUUGGUCCUGUCCUUGUGAUGUGCAUGGGUAAGCCCACCCGUUUUAGAAAGGUGUGUAUUGAUUCAUAUCUCCCAAGUGUCAUUGUAAGAGAUGUUAUUUAGUCAACAUGUAGUAAAGAGUGAAUGUUUUCCUUAAACUGAUAGAUUAGGGACAGGGGCUUUAGCUAAACAUGGACCAAACCCCAGGAUGCUAUAAGCAGAGCUCAUGUAGGUUAAGUCCUUUCACUGACAGUCAGGCCUCUAUUUUUCCUGGAGGAAUCAUAGAGACAUUUAUUUCUGGCUGAGAUUUCCUUUGACCAAAGUUUGCUGUGUCUUGGUAUUAGCAUGUUUUUUCAAGCAUUUCUUUUUAAAGAUGUUUUAGGAAUAAGGCUGUGUGUCUUUCUCAACUAGAAGAGGUUAGUGUCACAUUGUCGUUGUGAGGUGAGCAUUGUUAGGUUGCUAGCAAGGGCAACAGCUUAAACACUCUCUUGCCUGCUCUGAAAGCCCAUAAAAUGACAGCCCUUUUUUACUUCCAAGCAGAAUUCUCUUUAGUAGUCUUGCUUCUAGGAUACAGGAUAGUAUGUACAAUGUUUUGAUUGCCUGGGGUUCCUGCGGUGACAUGGAAACCUAGUAGUCCAGAAGUGUACUCAAAAUAUAGAUAUGCAUGAAGGCAGUGUGACUUACCCAAGGUGGAAACACUGUCCUUAUUUCCAUUGCAAUUGCAGGGCUAUAUUUUUGGGGUGGGGCAUGGGCAGAGGCCAGAAGAAAAGAAAGAGUUAUAAAGCCAAAAACUACUACUUCAUGAAACAUAAAUAACUGAGUUUCUUUAGAAGAUUACAGCUGGAAAAAAAUCCUUUCAACCAUUAAGCUUUGUUGAAGGGUCGCCACUAUUUCCUUUUCCAACUCCUUUUCUGCAAUUAGCAUAAUACAGUAUGGAGGGGAAGCUGGCCCCCUUUUCAGAUACUCCUUUCCCGUCAUCCUCCACAUGAUCUGAUGGUUUUUCCAGCGGCUUUCAUUACUGUUAAGUCUUUGGCAAGGCUAUAGAAUCUAGGGAUGCAAAUAUGGUGAUAAGCAGGCUUUUUAAUCCAAAGUUUGGACCUAGUCUUAAUCGGUCCAUUUUGUGUUUUAGUCGGGUAGGGAUAAUCCACACCUCGCCAGAGUGUGUGGAGUGGAUCUUCUCAGAGGGCUUUGUGCAAUAGUAGUUGUCAUGGCUACUACAGUGUGGGCGACUUGUUGGAUGAAAGCACUGGUCACUUAAUGUCCUUGAGCCUCCAGUUGGAAUCUAUCAUCAGACAGGAGUCUCAAGAGGGGCGGAGGGUGCCUAGUGCCUCCAUGCAGACACACCUUACGUGUAUUAUUCCAAAGCACUAGGGGAUGUAGGGUAACGUACAGGAACCUGCCUUCUGAGGAGUGGGAGUUUCCACGGGGAACUCUUGAUGUCGGCUAGUACCUUUAGCCCCAGAAGACAGAGAAAGAUGCACUGAAGGCAGGUGAGAGCAUCAGCCCCGUGAGGGCUGCUUGGUCUGCCGGGGCUGGCGGUGCAAGACAAACAGCAUAAUAGCCAUGGUCAGUGACCAUGAAGCUGAUGCAAAAGAGAAGGGACACAGGAGGCAGAAUGACUUAGCCACUCUCACAAGGCUUUUUCUAAAUGCGCGGGUUUACCACCAAAAAAAAAAAAAAAAAGCGGUACCUCUAGUGGGUACCUACAAGGGUACGGAAGCUGGGAAACUUGACUUCUCUUUUUUUUUUUGGUAAUGACUUGCUUUUACCCGGUGCCUUUCUUUGGGGGAAUCCCAAAGUGCUUUAGAGACUGUCUUUUUAAACAUUUCUUGUACAUAUACAUGUAUACUCGUAAAAGAAUAUUUCUUUGCCCGCCAA